AACCCGCCCACCCGUGCCUCCGUCUCACCCGUCAGCCAGCGUCAUCAUUGCACCCGCGACACAUCUCGACGGCCAUUCCGGACCGAGUCCCCGACUGACUGACUCCCUCCCUGCCUCCCUCCAUCGUCGCCGCGCCCAAUACAAGUUGCACGACUCUUGCACCUGCGUCCCAUCUGCAUUUGACGCCGUAUCCCGCUCGCCCGCCCGCUCGCGCCGCCCUCGUGCCGCCGAACCCCAUAUCCGCAAGGAGGUCAUCGCGUUACACCACGGCUGCUGAAGGACUGGAGGCGCACCCGGUCCUCUCUUUUCGUCUCUCUAUCGCACGUCGCAUCGUCUGCGUCGAUCCAGCCCGCGAAUCAAGCAAUCGUAUUCAUAGGGGGCUUGCCGGCGGCGAGGCACAGACGGCACCAUGGCCGACUCCGUGGGUGCGUGGCUCGAAUCCCGCCUCUUCCGCCCACCUCUACCAAUGCUGUUCCAGGGGGCGUAUCUCCUUGACUGACAUCGUAUGCCGUCUUGCAUAGAUCGCGUGUUCGUUCACGCCCUCAACACAGUCAAAAAGAUACCCAAGACGGGUGCGUCGCGACCGCCUCCAUCGGACCGAUUACGGCUCUACGGCCUCUACAAGCAGGCAAUGGAGGGGGACGUCGACGGCGUCAUGGAGCAGCCCACGGCCGGCCCAGGGCUGACGGCGGAAGAGCUGCAGCGAGAACGCGACAAGUGGGACGCGUGGAACUCACAAAGGGGCAUCACGCGCACCGAGGCAAAGCGCAGAUACGUCGAAGCGCUAAUUGAGACGAUGCACCGCUAUGCGACAACCUCGGAUGCCUCGGAACUGGUCACGGAACUCGAAUUCGUCUGGAACCAGAUCAAGCACAACUCUUCGAGUUCGACGGGCUCAUCCCCAAAGGCUGGUGGCUCGACCGGAGCCCUGCGGCAGUUCCAACAGCCCAUGAGCGGGAGCGACGGGCCGAUGAGGAUCCUCAGCCCGAUGAGUGAGCAAGACGAGGCCGAACUGCGGUCGCAGCGACAGAUGGACCUCGAGGACGAGGCCGAAGUGGAGAGCGCGCGCAGCAACCGGUGGCAGCGGAAGAUGGAGCGUGCCAUCACGAAACUCUCCGCCGAGAUCGCUGCGCUGCGAGAGCAGAUCACGACCGGGCGUGAGUGGAAGUCCAAGAAGGCGCGCAGCUACCCCGCGUGGGUGAGCUGGCUGGCCUGGCUGGUCCUGAGGCACCUCGUCAUCGACAGCGUCAUCCUUGCCAUCGUCUUGUUGUGGCUCCGCAAGCGAAAGGAUAGGCGUCUUGAGGACCUCGUCAGGGUGGCUCUCAAGAUUAUUCGGGAGUACGUCAGAAACGUGCUCCCGUCCAGGUGAUGAGCGGCAACUUUGUCAAGAUGCAGACCGACGCUCAAGUCCGGCGGCAUUGGAGGCAGACACUUCGCGCCAGCUCCUGCCACAUGGUAUAUGAGCCCUGUGAGUCGCGUUAUAGUAAGUCGCGUUACAGCAUAGCGACUGGACUUGGAUGACCGGCACGGUGGAAGAAGCUCUGGCCCCGCCAACUCCAUCUCUGUGAGUAUCCCGAACAGCUUGGUCCAUCCCACGCGAUGUAGUAUGACCACUGCUUGCACCACUUCACGACUGCUCGUCUCCGAGGGGCAAGCCGCGAGGGGCCGUAAGAACGGCGCCCGGCCCGAGGCAGGCCACUUCAUGGAGUGAUCCCAUUUGUUCAGGAUAUAGGAGACAUUCAAAGAGGUGGGUUGGCACAGGACAAUGGCCCAUGCGAAGCAGGCAUGUCUCGAUAAAUAGAGCGACACAUGAUGUAUGAUAGAUGGCGAGGCUCCUCAGCCCAGACUCACUUCGGGCGCACGUCGGCGCGAGCCAUGAUGCAACGAGCACUGUCAUUUACAAAGCUGAGCUGGCUGGUGGACGGCAGAGUCGAACAACACCAAGCCACUUGAGAAGGACAAAGUACAUACAUAGACUCUCCUCUCACAAACAUCAUGGCGGCCGCGGUUGGUCAAUGAGCCCUAUGCGGGCAGCAAGUCCUACACUUCCAC